AUCGACUGCGCCGAGGAGGACGGCAUCGUGGUGUUCCAGGGCGGCAGCAGGGUGAAGGCAGACGCCAUCGUGCACUACACUGGGUACAAGUACAGCUUCUCGUUCUUCGGCGACGACUCUGCUAUCACGGUGGACGACAACCACGUCGGCCCGCUGUACAAGCACGUGUUCCCGCCGCGGCUGGCCCCUAGCAUCUCCUUCGUCGGACUGCCAUUCAAGGGAUUCCUUUUCCCGGUGUUCCAGCUCCAGAGCAGCUGGGUGGCCGGGGUUCUGUCGGGGAGGAUCGAGCUCCCGUCGUCAGAGCAGAUGACGCAGGACGUGGCGUCCUUCUACUCAGACAUGGAGGCCCGCGGACACUCAAAGAGGUUCACCCACGACCUGGGCGUAGGCACAUUCGAGUACGAGGAUUGGCUGGUUGAGCGGUGCGGGCUGGAGAGGAUCGAGGAGUGGAGGAAGGAGAUCUAUGUCGCGGCGAGAGGCAGGGUGAGGGACCAGCCGGACAGCUACCGGGACAAGUGGGAUGACGACGCCCAACUGUUGGAGCAAGCGCAAU